AAGAUUACUUUCACUUUUCAGAGUUUGUGACGCAGUUAUUUCUCUCCGUGUGAAGCUCCAGCUGAAGCUGUGUGUCCAUGGAGAGUCACCGCUACUUUAAAAAAGAAGGCGACCUGACCUCGAGUGGUGAAUAGAAAUGGAGGAGAGGCUACUUGAAAUGGAGGAGAGAGGAUUGAUGGAGAGACUUGAAUGGCAGAAGGAGAGAAUAGCAAUGGAGAGUGAAAUUGAAAUGUUAAGAAGAAGAUUGAGGACCCAGCAGAAACCAGAGUCUCCUGAACCUGGACCUGGAUCUGAACCUGGACCUGGAUCUGAACCUGGACCUGGAUCUGAACCUGGACCUGGACCCAGCUGUGUGUCCUUUAAGAGUGACCAGUCAAAAUAUCGCCUCAUUGAAUUUAAAGGACAGCAACCCUCUGCUGAAAAGAGGAUCCAUCAAAGACCAGACUCUGCUGAACCUGGACCUGGACCUGAACCUGAACCUGAACCUGAACCCAGCUGUGUGUCCUUCAAGAGUGACCGGUCAAGUCAUCGCCUCAUUGACUUUAAAGGAGAGCAACCCUCUGCAGAAAAGAGAGUGGACCAGGAGAGCUCAGAGGUUCCCAGUGGUCAGUCUGCCCAGCAGCAUCAAACACAACUGGACUCCAUAUUUAUGCUGCUGGAGGGGAACAUCGUCACUUUUGUGAAGAACGAGCUGAAGAAGAUCCAGAAGGUUCUGAGUCCAGAUUACCCAGAAUGCUUAGAGAGUCAGAGGAAGGAUGAGGAUGAAGAGCAGAGGAGGAGCAGAGAGGCAUUUCUGAAGAUCACACUGCACUUCCUGAGGAGAAUGAAGCAGGACGAGCUGGCUGACCGUCUGCAGAGCAGAAGUCUUGCUGCAGGUGGUAAGCGUAAACUCAAAUCUAAACUAAACAAGAAUUUCCAGUGUGUGUUUGAGGGGAUCGCUAAAGCAGGAAACCCAACCCUUCUGAAUCAGAUGUUCACAGAGAUCUACAUCAUAAAGGGAGGGACUGCAGAGGUCAAUGAUGAACAUGAGGUCAGACAGAUUGAAACAGCAUCCAGGAAACCAGACAGACCAGAAACAACAAUCAGACACAAAGACAUCUUUAAAAUCCCACCUGGUAGAGAUGAACCAAUCAGAACAGUGUUGACUAAGGGAGUGGCUGGCAUCGGGAAAACAGUCUUAACACAGAAGUUCACUCUGGACUGGGCUGAAGACAAAGCCAACCAGGACAUCCAGUUCACAUUUCCAUUCACUUUCAGAGAGCUGAAUGUGCUGAAAGAGAGAAAGUACAGCUUGGUGGAACUUGUUGAUUACUUCUUUAGUGAAACCAAAGAAGCAGAAAUCUGCAGGUUUGAAGAGUUCCCGGUUGUCUUCAUCUUUGACGGUCUGGAUGAGUGUCGACUUCCUCUGGACUUCCUCAACACUGAGAUCCUGACUGAUGUUACAGAGUCCACCUCAGUGGGUGUGCUGCUGACAAACCUCAUCAGGGGGAAACUGCUUCCCUCUGCUCGCCUCUGGAUAACCACACGACCUGCAGCAGCCAAUCAGAUCCCUCCUGAGUGUGUUGACAUGGUGACAGAGGUCAGAGGGUUCACUGACCCACAGAAGGAGGAGUACUUCAGGAAGAGAUUCAGAGAUGAGGAGCAGGCCAGCAGAAUCAUCUCCCACAUCAAGACAUCACGAAGCCUCCACAUCAUGUGCCACAUCCCAGUCUUCUGCUGGAUCACUGCUACAGUUCUGGAGGACGUGUUGAAGACCAGAGAGGGAGGAGAGCUGCCCAAGACCCUGACUGAGAUGUACAUCCACUUCCUGGUGGUUCAGACCAAAGUAAAGAACAUCAAGUAUGAUGGAGGAGCUGAAACAGAUCCACACUGGAGUCCAGAGAGCAGGAAGAUGAUCGAGUCUCUGGGAAAACUGGCUUUUGAGCAGCUGCAGAAAGGCAACCUGAUCUUCUACGAAUCAGACCUGACAGAGUGUGGCAUCGAUAUCACAGCAGCCUCAGUGUACUCAGGAGUGUUCACACAGAUCUUUAAAGAGGAGAGAGGACUGUACCAGGACAAGGUGUUCAGCUUCAUCCAUCUGAGUGUUCAGGAGUUUCUGGCUGCUCUUCAUGUUCAUCUGACCUUCACCAACUCUGGAGUCAAUCUGCUGUCAGAAGAACUAACAACCUCACUCUCUUUGUUUCUAUUUAGAAACAAACCUAAACCAUCACGUUUCUACCAGAGUGCUGUGGACAAGGCCUUAAAGAGUCCAAAUGGACACCUGGACUUGUUCCUCCGCUUCCUCCUGGGUCUUUCUCUGCAGACCAAUCAGAAUCUCCUACGAGGUCUGCUGACACAGACAGGAAGUAGCUCAGAGACUUAUCAGGAAACAGUUGAGUACAUCAAGAAGAAGAUUAGUGAGAAUCUGUCUGCAGAGAGAAGCAUCAAUCUGUUCCACUGUCUGAAUGAACUGAAUGAUCGUUCUCUAGUGGAGGAGAUCCAACGGGCCCUGAGUUCAGGAAGUCUCUCCACAGAUAAACUGUCUCCUGCUCAGUGGUCAGCUCUGGGAUUCAUCUUACUGUCAUCAGAAGAACAUCUGGACGUGUUUGACCUGAAUAAAUACUCUGCUUCAGAGGAGGUUCUUCUGAGGCUGCUGCCAGUGGUCAAAGCCUCCAACAAAGCUCUACUGAGUGGCUGUAAUCUGACAGAGAGAAGUUGUGAAGCUCUGUCCUCAGUUCUCAGCUCCCAGUCCUCUAGUCUGAGAGAGCUGGACCUGAGUAACAACAACCUGCAGGAUUCAGGAGGGAAGCUGAUCUCUGAUGGACUGAAGAGUCCACACUGCACACUGGAGACUCUCAGUCUGUCAGGCUGUCUGAUCUCAGAGGAAGGCUGUUCUUCUUUGAUCUCAGCUCUGAGUUUCAACCCCUCCCAUCUGAGAGUGCUGGACCUUAGCUACAAUCAUCCAGGAGACUCAGGAUUGAAGCUACUCUCAGCGGGACUGAAGGAUCCUCUCUGGAGACUGGACACUCUCAGGGUGGAGCCUGCUGGAGUCAGAUGGUUGACACCAGGUCCAUGGAGGUAUUCCUGUGAACUCACACUGGACACAAACACAGUGAACAGAAAACUCAAACUGUCUGACAACAACAGGAAGGUGACAUUAGUGAUGGAGGAUCAGCUAUAUCCUGAUCAUCCAGAGAGGUUUGACUACUGGUGUCCUCAGCUGCUGUGUAGAGAUGGUCUGACUGGUCGCUGUUACUGGGAGGUUGAGAGGAGAGGAGGGGUUUAUAUAUCAGUGAGUUACAGAGAAAUCAGCAGGAGAGGAUACAGUGAUGACUGUUUGUUUGGAUGUAAUGAUCAGUCCUGGAGUCUGUUCUGCUCUGAUGGUGGUUACUAUGUCUGUCACAAUAACAGAGUAACAUCCAUCUCCUCCUCCUCUGUCUCUGGUAGAGCAGCAGUGUAUGUGGACUGUCCUGCUGGCUCUCUGUCCUUCUACUCAGUCUCCUCUGACUCACUGAUCCUCCUCCACACCUUCAACACCACAUUCACUCAGACUCUCUAUCCUGGGUUUAGGUUCUGGUAUCCUGGUUCCUCAGUGUCUCUGAGUCCUCUGGAGGACGGAGAGUCUCCUCCUGUUUCUCACUGCUGAUCAGUUGAGUCUGUACAGGAUCACACUUCUAUAAAUAUUUCAGGUUAUUGUUAUAAACUAAUGAAUAAAACUUUGUAUAAAAUAAUUCAGAAUGAUGGAACAGAUUCCUCAUGAACAUUGUAAACUUGUUCCACUUGCAGUCCUUUAAAGAUGGAAGCUGUGAUGGUGAAAUUGUAGAAAUGUUGUUGACUUGUGUCAUGUUUAGUUUUGAAUUGUGUCUCUUUUGACAAUAAAAGCAUAAAGU